CAUCGCACCAGUAGUCUAGAAGCCCCGACCAACCGACGUUGUGGUUUGCAUUCCACGUGCAAGCACCGGGGAGAAUAUGCCGCACACCGAAAGAAGUUUCUGGCAUCCAAACUGUCAAAUCAAACCCCAUCCACAAGUGCCGGCAUUUUGCAGCCUCUAGUGGAGCCAUCACUUCUAACCGAGCUGGAGAAGUAUGGUUCCUGGGAUAUCCGCAUGCUAUUCGGAGGGCGUGGAGAUUCCCCACCAUCGCCUGAUCCAAUCCCUUCACGUCAUGACUCAUACAUUUUUCCCCUCCCAGCUAUAUCUAUACUUCGGAACCGUCCAUGAUCCCAUCCAUUUCUCAACCCUUGAAAAGGAUUCACGUCUACCACGAUUGAAUAAGUAGUAUCAAUAAUCAAAAUGUCUCAAUCCCUCCGCUUCCUCACCCUCGACGUCUUCACCACCACCCCCUACUCCGGCAACCCGCUGGGCGUGGUCUUCCUCCCUACCAACAACACCAUCACACAAACCCAAAAACAAAGCAUCGCCCGCGAAUUCAACCUCUCUGAAACCAUCUUCAUCCAUCCCACUGAUCCCGCCACUCCCUCUGUCCGCAAAAUCGACAUCUUUACCACAGACGAAGAACUCCCCUUCGCCGGCCACCCCACCAUCGGCGCAGUCUCCUGGUUCCUGCAGCAUUCCCCGGAAGAGUCCGACAGGAAAGAUGUCACGACGCUUCUCACGAAAGCCGGUCCAUUCGCCAUUUCCCGUGUGUCGCCUUCAUCAGAUGGCGGCGUAGUGGCCGCUCAGAUCGCACACAACGUGCACAUUCACUCAUCGCGGUUCCCGCUGUCAGAGAUGCUGAGAUUGCAUCCUUCUCUGACUCCUUUCCUCUCUACCGAGAAGAAUGCUAGCUUCCCCGUCUUCUCCAUCGUCAAAGGCAUGAGCCAGGUCUUGGUUGAAUUGCCCAGUUUGGAGGCGCUAGCUGCCACGGAAGCCCCCGUGAGCGGGGAAGUCAUCCCCUGCAAAUCUGUCUCGCAAGGCGGUUACCUUGAUGAAGGGUGGGAAGGGGCUGGUCUUAUUGUGGUGUACUUCUAUGUUCCUGGGGUUUAUGAUGAGGCGACCGGGAAGAAGGUCAUUCGGUCGAGAAUGCUGUUGAGGAACUUUGAGGACCCGGCGACGGGCAGUGCGGCGAGUGGUCUGUCGAGCUAUUUGGCUUUGACUAAUGCUGGUGAGGGCAAGGUCGAGUACGAUAUUGUGCAGGGGGUGGAGAUGGGGAGGAGAUCGGAUAUCAGUGUUGCUGUUAGUACGAAGAGUGCUGGUGGUGAGAAGAAGAUUGAGACGGUGGAGUUGAGGGGAAGUGCGGUGCGGGUUAUGGGUGGGGAGUUGGUUGUUUAAUUUCAUUUCUACGUAUAUAUCUACGCAGUUGGUUUGAUAGCACGAAAAAAGUUUGAUAUUGGCAUACAAUGAGCAUUCAUUGGCAGUAGUAGUACUGUCCAGGAACUGCAUGAGGAAGGUAUAACAAAGACAGCUAAUGGCUAUUUGAAGUUAUCUACCCUCAUGAAAAGUUGCUAUCAGUUACAUUAUAGUUAUAUAAAAUUUGUUGGUAAACGUC